GUAAANGCAUGGAAACCGCCGCACAUUACAGAACCUGGAAGAGCUCCCCUUGCACUCAGAAGAAGCAAGGAAGAAGUUUCUCACUUGGGGGAACACGAAGAUGCUCCAGCCUCCCAUGGUGCUAGACCCUGCCUACCUGGAUGAACUAGGGCACUGGCAGGACAUUGAUGAGUUUCUGUACAACCCAAAAUGGAGGAUCCUGCUGUUCCUGCAAGCACCAGCAAGCCUGGAAGUCACCAUCGAGUUUCUUUGCUCUCUCCGCUUCCACAAUGACGGAGAGGAAGUAAAGUCAACAGCUGAAGUCACCUCCACCACUAAGGUCACAUUCACUCUGAUGGGUCGACUGCUGAGCCUCACCGUGGCAGACUUAGGGUGGCUGAUUGGUCUUUACACACUUGACGAGACGCGGAGCUUGGCCUUUGCUAAUCUGCCCGACCAGUUGGAUCCAGAGUUCGAUGUGAGGAAGUUCUGGCAAGCUCACGAGUAUGGACGAUAUCACAGUGGAGCAAGCAUAGCUAGGAAUUGGGUGCGUCCGUCUUGGAGAAUUUUACACCAUGCAUUGACUCACAGCUAUUUCGGCCGUUCUCGUGACUCCGAUGUAGUGUUUGAUUCUGAUAUGCUAUUUUUCUGGAGUCUAGAAGCGCACGUACCAGUCAACCUAGCAACUUUUGUGGCACGAUUCCUAUUUGCUCAGUCGACCAGCAACCACCAGUUUGUCUUAUGUGGGCCAAUGGUUACGCUUCUGGCCCGAGGAUUAUGUAUGACGGUCCCCAAUGUCCUCCCAGAAGCCGCAAGCAUGAUCUGACCGUCGACCAG